UCAUUUGAUCUUAGUCUUGCAAGAGGAUUGGAUUAUUAUACUGGAAUUAUAUAUGAAUGUGUAUUAACAGGAAAUUCUGUUAAUUGUACUGGUGACGAUGAUGAUGGAGUUUCAGUUGGAAGUAUUGCUGGGGGUGGACGAUAUGAUAAAUUAGUUGGAAUGUUUGAUUCAAAGCAUAAAAAUGUUCCUUGUGUUGGGAUUAGUCUUGGGAUAGAACGUAUAUUUUCAAUUAUGGAAGCAAAGGCUCAACUUAUUAAUAAAAAAAUCAGAACAACAUGCACUGAAGUUUAUGUUGCAUCUGCCCAAAAGAAGAUGAUUCAAGAAAGAAUGAAAUUGUGCAGAGAGCUUUGGGAUGCAAAUAUAAAAACUGAACAUUCCUAUAAAUUGAAUCCAAAACUUCUUGAUCAGUUACAAUAUUGUGAAGAACAUGCAAUACCUUGGGCUAUUAUCAUUGGUGAAAGUGAGUUGCAAAAAGGAAUUGUAAAGUUACGGCAUGUUUCAACUAGAAAAGAGAUUGAAGUUUCACGAGAAAAACUUGUAGAAGAUAUCAAAAAUCGUUUGACUGAAGUAAAUAACUCUUAAUGUUAGACUAAAAUACAAAAUUAUUUUAUAAAAUUAACUAGUUGUGUUAUCCUAUAUAAUUUAACUCUUUAAUAUACAGAAAUUUAAAAUUUUUAGAUUAAAUUAAAACUUUUUAUUUUCCACAAUGUGAAUUCAAAAAAGAAAAAGUUUCUUAUCCUCUUGGUAGCCUUUUUUUUAUUGGAAAAAAAUAUCUGGAACUUUGUUUACUUUUAAGAUUCCAAAAGCAUUAUUCUGGUACUUUUGAACUAUAUUUAAGAAACAUCUGUUUCAAAUAUGUCAUAAAUACAUAAGCACAAUUAUUUUCUUGUGUUGAACUCCAAUAUUUAUUUCUCAUUUUUUCAUAUGUCUAUAUAAUUUUAUUUUAUACCAAAGGAAUUAUUUUAAGCAAA